GUCGAAACUAGUGAACCACAUUUUCUCAUGUCUUGAAAACGUUUCUCUUGCACAGCAUGCAGCAUUGGGGCCAAGCGAGAGAAUUGGCGACAAGCGCAACAUCUCUAUCAAAGGCAAGGGAAGCAGCUCAGAGCUUGACUCAUUGAGCUUGGGAGCUGGGAGCUUUGGAGCUGUGGCUGAGCAAGGGUUUUGAAAUGGCCAUGUCUGAGCGGUCGGUGGUGCUGGGUCUGUAUCGAAGUUUGCUCGCAUACACAAAGUCCGCAUCGCUGCGGCAUGCAUGGACCCAUGUUGUCCCCCCUUCAUUCAAAGCGACUCUGUGCGGCGUCAACGACGUUGGUCACUGCGCCAAAUUUGCCACCGCGGACGCAAAAGGAGCCAUGGAUCUUAUCCGCUCGAGUUUCCGGCAGUCUCAGGACCUGCCGGCCGGCAGCCCCACCAUAGUAACUGCAAUUGACCGGGGCCUGGAGGCCUUGCGUGUCUUCAACGCCCUUCGGGCGGUUGUUUCGCUGCGGGAAGAACGGUUAGACAGCUCGGUAGCAAGGCACCAGGUUGGUACGGUGAUCCAGCACCGGCGUUACGGGUACAAGGGCCUCAUAUUCGGCUGGGACCCAACCUGCCAGAGACCCAAGAGCUGGGUGGAGAAGAACCGCGUGGAUGAUUUGGAACAUGGAGCGAACCAGGUGUUCUACCACGUGCUACCAGACGAGUCGGAUGGGCAGCCAAGAAAUGAGAUGUAUGUAGCGCAGGACAACAUUGUGGAAAUGCCCCUGGUGCAGAUCUACAGCCGCUCCCAGUCGCGGCUCUUCCCGAAAGGCUACAGCAAAGGACUGGACCGGUACAUACCCUCGCAGACUCUGAGGUACAUCUUCCCGGGCACCUCUUGCGACGAUGAGGACGAGGAACUGGUCCCCAACGAGCGUAUAGAGAAGGAGUGCAAAGAGAACUGGAAAGCACGCCUUGUGACCAUAUAAGAAUGUGCUGUAAAGCUAGUGCGUCCCGUGGAUCAGCGGACAGUGUGUACAUAGGAGCUGAGCAAUUGAUUGGUGACAAAAAGGUAGUAGUAAGCGGGUAAGUCUUUCAGCGAUAUCCACCUAGACAAAAGUGCAGAGGUACGCCUGAAACCGUCAAGCCGUCCGUAUGUAUGCGAGCAGGCCUCAUUCUCCUAGCUCGGUUCGCUUCAGGUAUGAAAAAGAGGUUAGAAGGAGGUUAGCAAUCCAAAACUCUCAGAUCCAGUUCAUCUCUUAUUGGUACCCUCGGUUUCAAGGCAUUAGCUCAAACGACAAUCACGGAUAACCUUAGCCACACGCAGGGAACAUCAUGUAUUUCAAGGUACGUUUAGCUGCUGACACUUCAGGUCGGAAGACUGCGGUCGAAGAAAUCUAACUGUGUGUAGGCUUCCAUAAACUGGGCCGAGUGCUUUGGAUCAUAGAAUUUCCCGAUGUUUGAAUCAACCGGUGAUUUUCGAACGGAUGUUUUGACCAAUG